UUGUCAUUCUGUUAGCAGCUGCUUGUCUUCCGACACUUGAAAGUCACCGGUAAAACAUCACAGUGUAUCGCUCGUUGCAUUCCUAUUUGUUCGAGGUAGCUAAACAGUGACAUGUGUUGAACAUGCUUAAGGUAGAUUAUAUAACAUAUGCUUAUACGGUUUAUCAGUGUUUAUUAAAGCGAUAAUACUCUGACACGGUGCUAGCAAACGUUAGCUCGCAAAAGCGUUUGACUUUCGUUAGCCAACGUUACCUCAGAGUACAGGCACGUUGUCCUCCAUCCUCGUCACUUUAAAGUGUACAAAUGGCAUGGAGCCUCGGUCGAAUAUGCAAGGGCGUUCAACGCCUCGGCUCACUCUCGUCUGUCCAGUCUCAACUCAUUCACCCGUCCACCAGCGGUUCAGUCAGGACCAUGUUGGGGCUGCCAUCGUCCUGUUUCUCUAAGUCCCGGGACUUCAGCUUGCCGAACUCUUCCUGGGGUUCAGAAAUGAUGCGGCUGUAUAAACAUUAUAACAGCCAGUGUGAGGUCGUGAUGGAAGGAGGAGAGAAACAGGAAGGGCCGUGGCGGAGACUGCCGAGCUACAAUCGCGUCCUCAAGUAUGCUACAGGUGGAGUUUAUCUUAAUAAGAUAAUCCAGUCAAAAGCUCGUCUUUUUACCCGGAACACCGGAGACCCGGGGGUAGCAUUCGAGUAUGUUUUAUUUUUCAAUCGAGAGGAGCAGAAGUGUGUGGGUAUUUUCCAGGCUGGACACCUACUGGAGGGGCCGCCAGGACAUGUCCACGGGGGGGCAAUAGCCACCAUGAUCGACACUGUGACGGGGGCUCUCGCUCUCAUACUAUCUGGACCUGUUGUGACUGCCAACCUCAACAUCAACUACCGCAAGCCUAUCCCACUGGGAAGCACCUUGUUGCUUGAAUCCUCUCUGGAUAAGAAAGAAGGCAAAAAAAUAUUUAUUACAUCCAAAGUGACCAGCAGUGAUGGCUCCAAACUGCACACAGAAACAACAGCGCUGUUCGUGUCGAUCAGUUUCAGCAACCUACUACUGGAAUCGUGACACAAACACACCAGACUGCCAUCUCCCCAAACACUGUCAGCAACCUGAGGCCACAGUGUGUGCGUGUGCGUGUGCGUGUGCGUGUGCGUGUGUGUGUCUAU